CCAGAUCACUCUACACAGCAACACCUUGAAUUCAUCCGUUUCCUGAGCUCCAUACUACGUCUCCCUUGUUGAAGCUUUGGCUUCCCUUCGGUCUUCCCUAGCCUUCUCGUAAUCAGCUAUUCUUGUAUCUGCCUAACCAUUGUCGUGGAGCUUUGACUGUGGCUCGAAAUCUCUUGGAAUUGCUUUCGGUUAGCCAAAAGCUAUGGCGAUCGAGACGGUCAUUGCAUCUGUCCUCUACAUCCACGUUCCGUGCUUCGCGGAGGGAUAGCGAACCCCCUUAGGAAUACCCGAAACCCGCGUUACUCCUGCGGAGCAUCUUUUCGACGCAUCUAAGUCGGGCAUUCUUGCUGCUUCUCGGAGCAGAAGGUUUCCUAGGAACCGACUGAUCGUGAGUGGUCAGUUCGUUCUCGUUACAGUCGGAUUCAGUCUUGCAUAUGGUGUCUUACACCGCAUCAUGGCAUUCACCAACCACGUCUUACGGAUUAGCAUUAGCAACGAGGCAUGGAAACGGCUCCCCGUCAGUAUUUUCCGGCAUACCCGGGAUUCCAACGGAAGCUCGUCAAUACGCUUCUUCUCUUAAACGCGGACAUACUGUAGCUUACCUAGCUCGUUCAGAUCCUCUCCGCUGCUACCAAGUUCAGAAUCCUAGUGCUACCUCACUUCACGGUACCUCUUCUGAUACUUUUAGUUCAUCUAGGUUCGGCCUUCACCGCAUCACUUCCAAGCCAAGAACCGUACCUUUGGCACACGCCAGCUACACGAGGCUCGGAAACAAUGGUGGCCCCUCUAGGCUCGGAAGCAAUGGCAGAACCCGCGGCAAACCCAGGACCAACAGGCGCGCAAGGUACGGCGGGAAUCCCGCGAAGGCCUGGAGAGGCGGCAGCAGCGGGAAGGGCUUGGUGGUGUGUGAGACGGCGGACGGCAGCAGUCCCCGCGACUGGGCUCUGGGCGACGAUAAGGGUCCCGGAAGAGGCGGCACGGGAGGCUCCUCGUGGGAGUUGGAGGAAUCCGAGCAGGCUCGCGCCAAUUGCAAGCCGCGACGGGAGGAGGGACUUCCGCUCCCUGGCAGCCGUCGAUUGGUGGAUGAUCGGACGGAUGGCAGGGGACACGGGUUGAUCAACGUCUAUGCGAACGAUAAGGUCAACGGUCAGGUUAACGGCCAGGUAAACGGCUGGCUAAACGGUCAGAGCUCCGGCAACGUGAACGGCAAGGUGAACGGCAACGUCAAUGGCCAGGCAAACGGCCAGGUGAAUGGCCAGGGGAACGGCAAAGUCAACGGACAUGUGUACGGCCAUGCGAACGGCAAAGUGAACGGCCAGGUGAACGGCAAAGUCAACGGACAUGUGAACGGCCAGGCGAACGGCAAAGUGCACGGCCAGGCGAACGGCAAUGUCAACGGCAAUGUCAACGGCCAGGUGAACGGGCAGGUGACUUGGAUGGGACAGCACGAGUACCCGUUUUCGGACGUGAUGCCGUGGGCGUGGGACGCGGACAGCAGCGCGUGGAGCAAAUACGAGAACGAGGAAGAGGCCGCUCAGGCGCGAGAGACAGAGCAUGCUCACUCCGCCGCCAACGGCGCCGCCAACGGUGCCGGGCCAGGGCAUAGGCAGUCCGCCGUAGACGGCGCGGGCGGAGCGGCUGCUGCUGCGGAAGGGGGAACUGGGGGCGGGCCCCUUGAGGCUGCGCGCGCGGCCGUGCUGCGAGCUGUAGCGCAGGUGGUGGCGGUAGCGGUUGUGCUGCGGUCCGCCUUGCCUUAUGGCCGCUGGUGGCGCAUGGAGGAGAAUGGGGAGGAGGGGCAGGGGCAGGGGAAGAAGGGGGGGAAGCAGAUGGGGUCGGAGGCCAAGGAAGGUGAGGGCAAGGUGAAGGGCGGAGCGGGGACUGCGGAAGCUGAGGGGGUGGGGAGUCUGAGUGAUGCGGGCGGCAAGCUUUGGCGUUUCUGUGCGCCGGAUAAGGGACUUGUGGUCCUUGCGUUCGUCUUCCUGUCGUUUGCUGCUAUAUCAGAGGUGACCAUUCCGCAUCUGCUGGCGUCCACCAUCUUUGCUGCCUCCAAUGGCAUGAGGGCGCAGUUCGCCCACAAUGCCAAGCUGCUCGUGGCGCUCACGCUCGCCUGCGGCGCGUUCAGUGGGCUGCGGUCGUUCUGCUUCACGGUUCUCAACAUGCGCAUGGUGUGCCGCAUGCGAGAGGCGCUGUUCUCCACCAUCAUGCACCAGGACGUGUCAUUCUUCGACAAGGAGUCAGUGGGCGACCUCACAUCUCGCCUGGGCGCGGACUGCCAGCAGGUGGCGCAGAGCACGGCGGGGGACGUGAACGUGAUGCUGCGCAAUGCGCUGCAGGGGCUGGGCGCGCUCUGCUUCCUCAUCCGCCUCUCCUGGCGCAUGGCGCUCAUCUCCGCGGGGCUGUGCGGCCUCAUGUGGUGCUGCCUCGUGGCUUAUGGGAGGUUCCAGAGGGAGAGUGCUCGUCUCAUCCAAGACACAGUCGCAUCAGCGAAUGAGGUAGCGGAGGAGACCAUCUCCUUGGCUCGAGUGGUUCGCACCUUUGGCACAGAGCAGCAGGAAGUAAACAGGUACAAGGUACCGCUGCAGCGUCUGCAGCAUGUGGGUCUCCGGCGGUCGGUGGCGUAUGGCAUGUGGAACUUUGGCGGCAACACCAUCUACAAUGCCACGCAGGUCCUGGCGCUGAUCAUGGGUGGCAGUGCAGUGAUGUCGGGAGCCAUAACAGCGGAGCAGCUGACGCAGUUCAUUCUGUACGCGGAGUGGGUGGUGCAUGCCACGUGGUGGGUGGGCGACCACUGGGCCUCCCUCAUGGACUCCCUGGGUGCCUGCAGCCGCGUGUUUCAACUGCUAGACCUGCCGCGCUCGCAGCAGCUGUCUCAAGAGAAAGGUGUGCGCAUGCCAUGGCUGCAGGGGAAGAUUGACUUCCAGAACGUGUCUUUCCGAUACCCAACGCGACCCGAGGUCCCUGUGCUCUCGCACAUCAACCUCACCAUCAACCCAGGCGAGCUGGUGGCACUAGUGGGGCUGAGCGGCAGUGGGAAAAGCACCUUGGUUGGGCUUCUGCAGCAGCACUACGAGCCCACAGAGGGAGAGAUUCUUAUUGAUGGCGUUCCUCUAAAGGAGGUUGACACCAAAUGGUUUCGCGGGCAGAUGGGGGUGGUAAGCCAGGAGCCCCGGCUCUUCAGCACAGACGUGGCAGCAAACAUCUCGUACGGCACGGGCAGCCGGGAAAAGUCCCACGAGGAAAUCACGCGGGCGGCCUGCGCUGCCAACGCGCACGAUUUCGUUUCGGAGCUGCCCGAGGGCUACGCGACAGUGGUGGACAACUCGCGGCUGAGCGGCGGGCAGAAGCAAAGAAUCGCGAUUGCCCGGGCACUGGUGCGAGACCCAAGGAUUCUGAUUCUGGAUGAGGCGACGAGCGCCCUGGAUGUGGAGAGCGAGAGGAACGUGCAGGCAGCCCUGGAUGAGGCAAUGAAGCGGGGGAAGAAUGGGCGGCGCGAUCGCACCGUGAUUGUGAUCGCACACAGGCUUUCGACGAUCCAAGCAGCAGAUCGCAUUGUGGUCAUGGCCCAUGGCAGAAUCACAGAAGUGGGCACACAUGCACAGCUUAUGGCCAAGGCUGGCGAAUACGCAAGGCUGGUGAACAUGCAAGGGAAUACACCAGCAUUUGCGAUGCCUUAGCAUGCUCUUAACAGUUCAGAAUAUCCCUUCCAUUUCUUGGGAUGCGGUGUUAGCAGCUACCACCUGAACUUCAACAAGUGUAUAUAAUUUUAAGAGCGACCAAAAAGAUGCAAGAGAGAAGUGACGGGGUGGUUGGUUGGUUGGUUCAAUUUCAUAGUUGGACGAGAAGAGACCAAGAGGCAAGGGAACGGCAGG